GUAUAUACAAUUUUUGAGGAUUUAAAACGAGGUUUACGUAAGAAAAGUAAAAAAUUUGUAGAGUUUUUUGAUGAUGGGUCGUAGAAAAAAAAAUCCGAAAAAAAUCUCAAGCAUUACUCAAGAAAUUUGCGAGAAUAAGAUAGCAGAAAAAUCAAAGUUGGAUGAAAAAGAAAUGAAGAAAAGAGAAGAAAAUCUUUUCAUUGCUGAAACCGCGAUUGACAUUUACUCGCGUUUGAAAUUGCCAUUGGUGUAUUCGAUGCAUCAUCGGCCGACAGACGACAGCGAUGAAGAAGAAGACACUGUUGAAUUAAACUUUUGGCCACGUCUUGUCUUCGUGUCAAACUUAUGUCUGAUCUGCAUGGAACGGUCAGAUGAGAUCUGCGAGUCUUGUGGUAUGGUUUCUUAUUGCUCCAUAAAACACAAGAAGCAGGAUCGAUUAAAACAUCGCGAUCUAUGCAAAGUUCUCACUGAAGUCUGUACGAUUGGAGGUGGCUUGUCGCUCUUAUCGGAACUCACUGCAGACGAUUAUCGCGUUUAUCGGCUGAAACUGAUCGACAUCGUGCAAUGUCACUUGAAUAGACCUCUUCAGCUUUGGGAAAAGGAGAUCCUUCUUUAUCCUCGCGUUUGUUGCAAGUGCCGUUGCUUUUCGAUGACUUUGAAAUGUUGCGCGACAUGUGGAAUCGGCUUAUUUUGUGAAAAUCACAAUGACGGACACGAAGAAUGUCGAGAGUUUCAAGUGUUUUGUAGGAUGCUGUUCAUGCAACACGAAAAUGGUUAUGUAGAUCCUGAAUUACCGGAUAUCUUCCGGAAAGAACCGUUUCAUUUGUCGAGUAAUUUUGAUCAAUUAAUGGUACAGCUUUACAGUCGCUCGACAUAUUAUUGUAACAUGGAUUGUUAUACAUAUUGUACUCUGUCUCAUAUAUCAACCAUUCCAUUGACAGCUUUAUAUUCCAUGCAAGUUUCUUGUCAGAGCUGGGAAACUAUUGAUACUUUCGUAAUUCAUAUAAUAGGUGCUGAAUUUCAAUUCGAAUGUAUAAAUUUGCAUGUGUGGGAAAAGCUGUUUCUGCAUCUUCUUUCAAAUUUAAAGUAUCUCAAAUUGAUGUUCGUUGGGCCAGAAUUACAUCUGCCGUCAUCAGUACCAUUGGAUCUGUUGGCUGCUGUAAAACUCUGUUCAUUUUGCAAAUCGUCCCGUCGACGAAUAAAUGUUUCAUUUCAUCCUGGAAAACUUUAUCAUGAUUUUUGUCAUUCCAAACAGUUUAUAAAACCUCAUCUUAUAUGUCUCUUUAACCCGGGUCUUUAUCGGGAAACUGGUUUUGAGGGUAAAGACACAUGGCCAGAAACAAUACGAGAAUUCUGUAAAACAAAAGUUCCCAUUUGUGUGACGUCUUACACGAAACAGGAAAUUCCUCAAGAAAUGACAAGAAUAAAAUCGAUCGCCGAGGUGGAAACGAUUUUGGAGCCACAAAGAAAUCCAUUUGCCUCGAUCAAGCCCGACAGAAAUUUUGUCAGCGAUGAUACAGCGCCACUGAUCUAUAAAAAUUAUUAUUUUGCUAUUGUUAAAGGAAAAUCAUAA